CAGCGCGCAGACGACAGGUUUACCGACGACCAUGGGCGGCGUCUCUCGUCUGCUAAGUUAUUGCCGAUUGUUUUCAUUGCUGAUGGCAUUGUCCAGAAUCUCGCAAUGUGAUGCACAACCUACGCCAUCUACAGUGACACCUACCACACUAAUCAUGCCGCCUACGUUCAUGGCACAGAUGUACACAGUGACAAUGGGCACCCACAUCCCCAACGGCAUGCAACUCCCGGGGGCCAACUACACCUCAGGAAGUUCCUGCACCACCGCCUGUGACAGCAUGUCUAACUGUGUCGCUGCCGACUGGAACAUGGCCAGCAAUACGUGUUUCGUUCACACCGCUGCCACUGGAUGCAACGCUCUGGUCAACAAGACGACCUGCAAUAACUACAGGAGAGUAGGAGCUUGCACAACGACAACGACACCCUCCACACUGACCCUUGCACAGCUCUUGGCUAAUUUCAAUCUCACCCCCAACAUGAACAUCUUGGGUGGUGUGGAGCAGACCAACCUGACCUCUCUCAUGGCCUGCGUGGCUGCCUGCAACUCGAACCCAAUGUGUUUCGGAUUUGACUACAACGUCGCGACCAGCGGGUGCUACUUCUUCUUCGGGAUGGCCGUGUGUGGAACCUUGCGGUCGGCUCCCGGUGUGAACCAUUACAAGAGAAUCACCGUGUUCUGUGGCGGAACGCCAGCCACUACCCCCGCUACCCCGACCGUCCCGACCGUCACCUUCCCAUCCUUUACAUUACCGAAUAUUUUCUUUCCAAAUAAUCCUAACAACAUCAUUUCGAACUUAUUUGGUAUUCCGAGCCUUAAUAUUCCGCCGAUAACAACGACCACAAUCAACCCAUUCCUGAGUUUCUUCCAGAAUGCGCUGGGAUCACAGCAACUUGUUAUUCCGAACCUUAAUAUUCCGAACCUGAAUAUUCCGCCGAUAACAACGACCACCAUCAACCCAAUCCUGAGUUUCUUCCAGAAUGCGCAACAGAAUUCCGCAAAUUUUAUACCGCCUGCAUUCCCACAGUUUCCCGGAGGCAGCGGUACCCAGCCUUUUAGUUUUGGUAAGCGUAGGAAGCGCUCAGUUGAAGAGAAGCACGUGGCUCGUGACACUUCGCCCCUAAGAGGAUAGUCAGCUCGGAUGUGGUCUCUCUUCUGCAUUCGUCACGGCAUGAUUGUAACUGGCCUUGACAAUACCAUUAUCAACAUUAAACAUUUCAGAAUUGAGGCGAAUGCAUGUUUUAUUUAGAAAGACAUAACAUAAGACAAAUUUUGAUUUUGUAUAUCUAUGAGAACUUCAAAAAGCGUUCUCUUCUCGGUUCUUGUCAAGAGUUGAAUUUCAAAGUCCCCUUUUUUUGGUCUUUAAUUAUUCUCAGACCAUGGACCAGAUAUUUAAUUUACUUGCUUAUUGAGUUUGUAAUUUAAAAGAAAAAGAGCCUUAAUUUAAGCAUGUGGUGCGAAUUAAGCAAUUUUAUACGGUGAUAUAUCCAGAAACAUAUGAUUAUAGGGAUAAUAACUCUUUGUUUUGGCCAAAAAAUUAAUUUUCCUGGAGUAAACAAUUUUUCCACACUUACCAAUGGU